UUCUUUUUUUUUCUUUUUUUAAAGCGAACGUAUGACUCGUCGCUGCUCGUUGCCCUCUUCCUCCUUCUUCUCAUCAUCCUCCCCUCGCAGACACAGCCGAUCCUCGCAGAGGGCAUUACCCACCACCUCCUCCCCUCCACUAAAGACAUUUUGAUCGUCCUCUACUACGACUCCCCCCCAUCCCCGUCACCUCCUACAGGCUCGAGCCGAAGCCGCUCCUCCUCCACCAUGUCCGGGCCGACUCUGACGGACCGGAUCGCCGCCGCGCAGCACAGCAUGAGCGGCUCGGCCAUCAGCAAAGCCGUGUGCAAGGCCACGACGCACGAAGUGAGCGGACCCAAGAAGAAGCACCUUGACUACCUGAUCCACUGCACCAACGAGCUGAAUGUCAGCAUCCCUCACCUGGCGGACACGCUGCUGGAGCGCACGGCUAGCAACAGCUGGAUCGUGGUCUUCAAGGCGCUUAUCGCCACGCAUCACCUCAUGAUGUACGGCAACGAGAGACUGAUGCAGUACGUCGCCUCCAGAAACACACUCUUCAACCUCAACAACUUUCUAGAUAAGGCCGCGCUACAAGGAUACAACAUGUCCACCUUCAUCAGACGCUACAGUCGCUACCUGAACGAAAAAGCCAUGUCGUUCCGGUUAGCGGCGGUGGACUUCACCAAGAUGAAGCGAGGGGUCGACGGCGUGAUGCGCACCAUGAACACGGAUAAGCUGAUUAAGACGCUGCCGAUCAUUCAGAACCAGCUGGACGCACUGCUGGAUUUUCAGCCCAACUCCAACGAGCUGAGCAACGGGGUCAUCAACACUGCCUUCAUGCUGCUCUUCAAAGACUCCAUACGGUUGUUUGCCGCGUACAACGAGGGCGUCAUCAACAUGCUGGAGAAGUACUUUGACAUGAAGAAGAACCAGUGCAAAGAGGCGCUGGAGCUCUACAAGACCUUCCUCAACAGGAUGACCAAACUGUCCGAGUUUCUCAAAGUGGCCGAGCAAGUUGGGAUAGAUCAGGGCGACAGCCCCGAUCUCACACAGGCUCCCAACUCGCUCCUGGAGGCUCUGGAGCAACAUUUAGCUUCUCUGGAAGGCCGGAAGCUCAAAGACCUCUCCACUGCCAGCAGAUCCAGCACUCUGUCCAGCACGGUGUCGUCCCUCUCCAGUACCGGGAUCUCCCUCAGUCGAAUGGAUGACAAGACAGACGACAACAGGCUGCAGCAACACAAGGACGACGGUCAUAAGAUGAUCGAUAUCCAGACGCCCAACGCGUCGCCCGGCACCCAAUCGGUGGGCAGUGCCAACAGCAGCGGGGGAGCCACGGACCUGUUCUCCAGCUCGCCCCUUGUAGCCGUCAACAACCAUGUGCCAAACUUGACCGGUGAGCUGUUCACCUUGCAGCCCCACUUUGCCCCCCUUCAGACCACACACACUGUGCCCAACAACAACGCCUGGGGAGGUGACUUGCUCAAGCCGAUCCCGCCCACUCAGAUUCACAACCCCGGAGCCCCGCUGCACUCUGGGAAGAUGUUCCCCAGCGAUUUGGACUCUUCAUUAGCCAACCUCGUCGGGAACUUGCAGUUUGGGGGGACGCAAGCCAAAAGGCCUGAGCUGCAGUGGAGUCAGCUGGUGGAGAAGAAGCCGACAGGGGGAAGCGGCUGGCAGACCAAAACUAUGUGCACCGGCACAAACUGGACUCACUCGCCUCAUCCCAUGGCUCCGGCUCCCAUGCCCGUCCCUCAGAUGAAUGGAUUGAUCUACACCGGCUAUGCUCCAGCUCCAGUAGCUUUUCCUAUGACAACCCCCCAAGUGCCUGUCUAUGGAAUGCUCCCCCCUCAAAUGAGCCAUCACAUGGGGGGUGUUCCCAUGAUGCCCCCGCAGCCUGUUAUGUACAACCAGCCGGUCCUGAGACCCACUAAUCCCUUCGGACCCAUCCCGGGGACGCAGAUGCACUUCAUGUAGAGACGCUGCUGUAACCAUGGCAGCAGAGCUGAGAGCGCCACAGAGGAUGGCGAAGGAAGAGAAGAGGGGACACAUAGGGAGGAAAAAAACAACCAACGCACAUCCCUCCUCGCUUCCCAAACCCUGUGCCAACCGGUCCCCCCCCAAAAAUAACCGCCCAGAGGCGCCAGAAGCUUAGCACCCGAUAUUCCACUCACACCUCGCAUCCUUUGAUUUGCCGAAAACGACCUGUGAUGACGCUACGGCCGCUGAAGCUGCUCCAUCGCCACCUCCUGACCCGAUUUCCCCACCAGUUCGACCUCCAAUUCGACCCUCCCUGUCCCGGAGUUAAACAAACGAGAUGGUAUGCUGACACUUUACUCCAUGUGACCUUUGCCAAGGUUGUGCGUGUAUGUGUGUGUGUCCCGCGCAGGAGAUUUUUAUCGUCUUGUACCGAUUGGGUCAACCAUCAACCUGAUGUCGGAUAGCGUCAGAUUUUUGUAAACGUUUUUACAUGUCGGUGUUCCGCAUCAUUGUUUUGUAGCCAGAUUUGUUCUCGUUUGCCAACUAUACAUACGACUAAC